UAAACCUUGGUCGUUCGUCAGCUGUCAGCAGGCUGGUUGCUAUCUGUUUUUACACCGCCUAGCAAACACGGCUCGGAACAGUUGGAGCAAAUAGGCGAAGGAGAAGACGGCCACCAAUUAAUUAGGCACUAAAGUAAUUAAAAGGUUGAUCAUUCCCGUGCCUUUCUGAUCGUACGAUCGUACACAACCGGCGUCAACCAUGAGCGAAGGGCUGACCGAUAAGGAAGCGAAGGAGCUGCUGAAGCUACCCGAUGCCGAAACGAAGAACUUCCUGUUCCAACAAACGAUGUACCGCAUCAAGGACCCGCGGGCAUCGCUCCCAUUCUACAACGAGGUGCUGGGUAUGAAUUUGCUCUGCAAGCUCGACUUCCCGGAGGCAAAGUUUUCGCUCUACUUCAUGGGCUACGAGGACAUCGGGAGCCAACCGUCGGACCGGAAGGAAUGCAUACAGUGGGCCAUGAGUCGGAAGGCAACACUGGAGCUAACCCACAACUGGGGCACGGAGAAUGAUGCCAACUUUACGUACCACAACGGUAACAGUGAUCCGCGCGGGUACGGCCACAUCGGCAUCAUGGUGCCGGACGUAAAGAAGGCGUGCGAGCGGUUCGAUCGGUUGGGCGUGGAGUACGUGAAGCGUCCAGAUGAGGGCCGCAUGAAGGGGUUGGCCUUCAUCAAGGAUCCGGACGGUUAUUGGAUCGAGAUCUUCAGUGCCUCGACGGUUCAAACGCACUAACGCGCGGGAAAAGGGAAUUUUUUUUAUACACAGUAUCGGAACAAAAACGGGCAAAUGAAUUAUGAAUAAUU